AUGCCAAUCUGUGUACUUUGUACUCAAGGAGUCACCGGCAAAUCACCUGGUCUGAAAUGUUGUGGUGGUUGUCAGAAAUUAUAUCACGGUAAGUGUGUUGGUUUAACUAAAUCGCUGUCUGUCUCACGCUUUAAGACACCAGGUUUAUUUUGGACGUGUACUAAUUGCAGAGGGACAGUUGAUAAGAGGCGUUCGGUCAUUGUUGCUGAUGAAGAUUCUGAUGACUUUUCUUUAGAAGAAACCUCCUCGUCACAAAUGUUGAAAGUUUUACAUAGUAUUCAGAAGGAUAUGGCAUCAAUGAACAUUAAAUACGGAGAUUUGUUGCAGUCUGUUAAUUUUUGCAGCGAUUCAAUUACAACUUUUGAAAAUACUAUUUCUACUCUUACUAACAAGAUUAAGGAAAUUGAAAAGUUGACAAAAGAAAAUUUAAAUUUAAGGGAUGAGGUCAAGGUUUUAAAUUCUCGAGUGGAUACACUUGAGCAACAGUUAAGAGCCAAUGAUGUUGAGAUAUGCGGAGUUCCUUUUAUAGAUAACGAGAAUGUUUUAAAAAUAGUUUCCGAAAUUGGUUCGGCUAUCGAUCUCCCUAUAACCGAAGGUGAUGUUGACUCUUUUUACCGUUCCUCAACUUUUCGUACAGAUCUACCUAAGCCUAUUAUUGUAAAAUUUUCUAAAAAAAUUAAAAAGGAUGCAUUUCUGGCUGCCGCAAAAGCAAAACGUCGUCAAAAUGGUAGUUUUAGGGGAUUGAAAAUAGCAAAUAUAUCUGACCAAUUAUAUGUUAAUGAACACUUGACCCCUAAAAAUAAAAAACUUCUACGUGAUACGAAACUAGCUGCGAAAUCAAAACAAUACAAAUAUAUUUGGACAAGAAAUUGCGUCAUAUUUGUGCGAAAGGAUGAUAGAUCCCGAAUUAUAAAAAUUUCAUGCGAUGGGGAUAUCGAGAAGUUGGAUUAA